GAUGUUGACGCUACAAAGCUACUGUGAGGGGAAUGAGUCUCUGACCCGAGCAUGGGCUCAGGAGGGGUUGCACCCCUGUUUCUACUUCACACUGGUGCCUGCAGUGCUGGUCAGCAUCUGUUUCCUGUUGGGUGCCCUGCAGUACGCCUGUUAUGCCCGGUUCAGCCGCACCAUGGAGCCAAAGUAUAUGCCGCGUUCCCGCAUGUACUACAUCCAGGUUCUCUUAUCUCUGCUACUUGCACUGCUGCCCUUUGUUGCUUUGCUGUGGCAAGCAUUGGGCAUGCUGCAACUCCAUGGCUAUGUGGUGCUGUACGCCUCCUUUUCUGCCGUGAGCUGGGCCAGUUCAGUUGGUUUGUUGCACUUGGAACGCACCAGAGUGAUGGUGCAGGACCGGAUCCGAGGCCAUGGAGCUAUCCUGCUCUUCUUCUGGGCUCUGGCCUUUGCUGCUGAGAACCUGGCCUUCGUCUCCUGGAAUAGCCCUCUCUGGUGGUGGGGCUUAGAAGACACCAACCAAAAGGUACAGUUCAGUCUGUGGUUACUACGCUACAUCUGCACCUUCACCCUCUUCACCUUGGGAAUAAAGGCCCCUGGCCUGCCUCGGAAGCCCUACAUGCUGCUAAUUAAUGAAGAUGAACGCGACGUGGAAAACAGACAGCCCCUGCUUCCAGAUGACAGAGAGACUCACUCCACUUGGAGGGAUUUGGGUCGGAAGAUACGGCUGCUUUCCCUCUACCUCUGGCCAAAGGGGAACUGCCUGCUGCAGUGCCUGGUGGUAUUCUGCAUGACGCUUAUGGGGAUGGACCGUGUCAUCAAUGUCUUUGUGCCCAUCUAUUACAAGAAAAUUGUGAAUGAGCUGACGGAAGGGGUUACUUGGCACAUGCUGGUCCGGACUGUUUUCAUCUUCUCAACCCUCAAGUUCCUCCAGGGAGGAGGUGCUGGCUCUACUGGCUUUGUUAGCAACUUGCGCACCUUCCUCUGGAUCCGGGUGCAGCAGUUUACCAACCGUGAAGUCCAGGUGAAACUGUUCAGUCACCUUCACGGUCUGUCCCUUCGCUGGCACCUGGGGCGCAAGACUGGUGAGGUGUUGCGCAGUGUUGACAGGGGCACGAGCAGCAUCAACAACCUGCUCAGCUACAUUGUAUUCAGCAUCUUCCCCACUAUAGCGGAUAUCAUCAUUGCUAUUGUGUAUUUCACUUCAGUCUUCAGUGCCUGGUUUGGCCUCAUCAUCUUCGUCUGUAUGGUCCUGUAUCUCACCCUGACCAUCGUAAUCACCGAGUGGCGGACAAAAUACCGCCGUGAAAUGAAUACUCUUGACAAUGGAGCUAAAUCUCGAGCUCUUGAUUCACUUCUCAACUUUGAGACGGUGAAGUAUUUCAAUGCAGAGAAUUAUGAGGCUAACCGCUUCAGUGAUGCCAUCCUCAAAUACCAGGUAGCAGAAUGGAAAGUCAGUGCAUCACUGGCGUUUUUGAACCAGACCCAGAACCUGGUGAUCAGCGCGGGGCUUCUGGUCGGCUCCUUACUCUGUGCCAACUAUGUGUCUGUGAAGAAGCUCCAGGUGGGCGAUUAUGUUCUCUUUGGCACAUAUAUUAUCCAGCUGUACACCCCACUGAACUGGUUUGGCACCUACUACAGGAUGAUCCAGACUUCAUUUGUUGACAUGGAGAACAUGUUUGAGCUCUUCAAUGAAGAGCAAGAGGUGACAGAUGAGCCAGGUGCUCCAGAUCUUCGGUUUAUGUCAGGACGUGUGGAGUUUGAGAACGUUCACUUCGGCUAUGUGGAUGGGAGUGAAAUCUUGCAUGAUGUUUCUUUCACAGUGAUGCCUGGACAAACUUUAGCACUGGUUGGAGCAUCUGGCUCAGGAAAAAGUACCAUCAUUCGUCUGCUGUUCCGUUUCUAUGAUGUGUGGGGAGGCUGUAUCCGCAUUGAUGGGCAGGACAUUGCCAAGGUGAAGCAGAUUUCACUGCGUGCCUGCAUUGGUGUGGUGCCCCAGGAUAUUGUUCUCUUCAAUGACACUAUUCGUGAAAACAUCCGCUAUGGCCGUAUUGAUGCCACCAAUGAAGAGGUGACAGAGGCAGCAAUGAGUGCCAAUAUCCACGAGCGCAUUAUUUGCUUCCCUGAUGGUUAUGAUACACAGGUUGGUGAGCGAGGUCUGAAACUGAGUGGUGGGGAGAAGCAGCGAGUUGCUAUUGCCCGCACCAUCUUGAAGAACCCCAACAUCAUCCUCUUUGAUGAGGCGACAUCAGCGCUGGACACUAAGACUGAGAGAAGCAUCCACACAUGCCUGGCCAAAGUGUGUGCAAAUCGUACAACCAUUAUUGUGGCUCACAGAUUGUCCACUGUGAUUAAGGCUGAUCAUAUCCUCGUCCUCAAGAAUGGCCGAGUGAUGGAGCGAGGAAGGCAUGAAGAGCUGAUGGAAAAGGGCGGCCUGUACACUGACAUGUGGGCGCAACAAGGGAGUGAUUUUGGAAGCAUCUCAGAGGCGGAGAGCAAGGACAGCAGCGAAUCCUCACAAGCAGCCUCCACAAAGAGCAGAAUGAGCGGUGUGUCAAAGGCAAGCUCCAUUAAGAGCGCAGCUACCUCCAUUAAGAGUGCAGCUACCUCCUUACCAAAAGCUGGCUCCAUUAAGAGCACAGCUACCGGCACAUCAAAAGCAAUCAGCGUGAAGACUGUCAGUGAUGAGUCAGAGGUAAGCACAGCUGCCUCCACAUCAAAAGCAAGCAGCGCGAAGACUCUCAGUGAUGAGGAAGAGGUAAGCAGCAGAAAGAAUGAUGCAGAGGUAAGCAGCAGCAAGAGGAGCUCUGCCGGCAGUUCAGCAGUGGCAAGCAGCAAGAACACCACCACCAGCUCUGAGGAUUAG